CGACGCCAAAAUAUAAAUUCCGAGAUAAACCAGGGGAAGCGGAUGCAACGACACAGCCUGGUUUGUGGAUAUGGUGGAUAAUGUCAAUUUACCUAUCUCGUGGACGGCAGCUGAAACGCCCUCUACUGUCAAUUUCUUUGCAUUGCUGCCCUGCCCGCAAUGCUCCCCUUUCGCGCCGCGGAGUGCUUCCCUUGGAGCUCAAUCGCGGCGCAAAGAGAAAAUCUACAGCCAAACUUAAGGAUCUUCCUCAAGGGCGUUUGGAACCAAUAGAACCGUAUGCUCCUCUCGUUAACGAUGCUCCUCAGUAUCCGACGGUGAUACAAGGCGCAAAAAACAAUAUGCUGAAGUUUAAGAACUGUGUACUGCUCACGAGGGUGGGAAACUUCUACGAACUCUAUUUCGAACAAGCGGAGGAAUACGCCACGCUGUUGAAUUUGAAACUUGCCCAGAAGAAGACAAACGCUGGAGCCGUGCCUAUGGCUGGCUUUCCCUUUUUCCAGCUCGACCGAUUCCUUAAAAUCCUCGUUCAAGACCUUAACAAAUAUGUUGCCAUCAGUGAGGAAUUUGCCAAUAAUGUUGUUGGUAAAGCGAAGUCCGGGGGUUUGCAGUUCGACCGUAAAGUCUCUCGAAUUGUCACUCCGGGAACAUUGAUAGACGAGAAGUUUAUGGAUCCUUACGAGAACAACUUUCUACUCUCAGUAUAUAUGCCCACAACUCUCCCAGAAGAAACGGAAACAUCAUCGCCUGAACAGCAUUCUUCUAUGUCGGGCACUCAGCUCAUUGGCCUCUCUUGGUUAGAUUUAUCCACUGGCGACUUCUUUACCCAACAGACGAAAGCGCAGAUGUUACCGUCUGCUCUAGCUAGGAUUGGUGCUAGGGAGAUAGUCAUAGACCAGAAUGUCGGGCCAAAAAUAAGACAAGAACUACAAGCUAUUGUCGGACAAGACCAGCAGCAUCUGAUAACGUCAUUUAGCUGUCCAAAUGAGAUGAGGACUUUAGCAGAGUGGGGUUCCAUUUUUGAGUCUCCGAUACCUCUUGAGGUAGCUUCCAUGUUCACUAUGGAAGAAACAGCGGCCUGCAAUAUAUUGUUGGAAUAUGUCCAAGUUCAAACGCAGGGAGUGAAGAUGAAACUCCAAGCGCCCCGCCGUAGGCAUUUAGAUGAGUCCAUGACUAUUGACCGUAAUAGCCUAAGAGGGCUUGAGAUUUUAGAAACUGCUCGAGACGGGCUUGGAAAAGGAAGCCUUCUCCAUGCUGUGCGGCGUACUGCGACAAAAAGUGGAGCUCGAUUGCUCAGGGACCGGCUGACUUCACCUUCCGCUUCAUUACACGUUAUCAAUGAGCGACUUGAUUUAGUAUCCAAGUUCCUUGAGGAUGAAGAUCUACGCCAAAACAUCAUACUCCUCCUUAAACGUAGUUUCGAUGCUCAACGACUAGUUCAAAAGUUCUCAUUAGGCCGAGGGGAUCCGGACGACCUACUUUGCCUGUCAAAAGCAAUCCAAGCGUCGCAGGAAAUAAAAUCAGUUUUACUCCGGCAUAUCAAUCAGUAUGCUAAUAAGCCUUCUGAUCUGACUAGCAGUUUACGCUCCAUGCUGGACCGUUUAAAUCUCGAUGGCCCCGAAACUCUUUCACAGAGGAUACUGGCGGCGAUAGACGAAGAGGGCCUUCUCCAAAAGCAAAGAAUCGAAGACGAUGCCGCUGCAGACGCUGCGGCUCUCGCUCAGGAAGUGAUUUUAAAUGAAGGGUCGUCAGAAGACCUAGAAGCCAUGCCUAAGCCGGUCAGAACCCAACGAGCCGGUAGGCAAAAGGAUUCGAACGGCACUGAGCAGGCAGAUCGGACCACAUGGAUCAUGCGCCGGGGGGCAACUAAGAAUUUGCAAAAGCUACAUGAUGCUCUUGAUCUCCUUCUAGCGGACAAGUCCGAACUAACAAAGACGUUGCGAGAGACCGCUGGGACUGAGAAUUUAAGUCUCAAGUGGACACCUGGGCUUGGCCACAUUGUUCACAUGAAGGGAGUAAAAGCAUCGCAACAGUCAGUUGAAGCGUUGGGAGCAACGCGAACAGUCUCUUCAUCAAAAUCAACACGCUCCUUUUAUCUAAGUUCCUGGUCACAAUUGGGAAGCAGAAUUGACGAUGCAAAGUUCCACAUACUGUCCGAGGAGCAGCGCAUCUUCGAAGAGUUACGCGAAGCGGUGAUUUUGAAUCUUGUGAAGUUACGCCGAAAUGCUGCUGUCUUGGAUGAACUCGAUGUUGCGUGUUCGUUCGCCAGCCUUGCUGAAGAACAGCAGAUGGUUCGUCCUGUAGUCAACAAUAGCAGAAGUCACAAAAUAGUAGGCGGGAGACAUCCGACAGUUAAACUUGGGCUGGAAGAACAAGGGCGUCCCUUCGUUAGCAAUGACUGUUUUAUCGGGGAACAGGAACGGAUAUGGCUCAUAACGGGGCCGAAUAUGGGUGGAAAAAGCACAUUUUUGCGCCAAAAUGCUCUGAUUACCAUCCUUGCACAGGUUGGAUCUUUCGUACCGGCGGAGCAUGCAGAGAUCGGUAUUGUGGACCAGAUAUUCAGCCGCAUUGGUGCUGCAGAUGAUCUCUUCCGGGACCAGUCAACAUUUAUGGUGGAGAUGCUGGAAGCAGCGACGAUUUUGAAAAACUCUACAUCACGCUCCUUUGUGAUUAUGGAUGAAGUUGGGCGAGGGACAACGCCUGAGGAUGGAACAGCCGUGGGGUUUGCUUGUCUACACCACCUCCAUAACGUCACUCAAUGCCGUACUCUAUUCGCUACCCACUUCCAUGUGCUGGCGGACAUGACCGCUCAAUUUGAGCAUUUGGGUCGAUACUGCACGGACAUAAAUGAGGACCCUUCGGGGUCUUUUUCAUUUGUCCACAGACUGAGAAGGGGUGUGAAUCGAGAGUCUCAUGCUCUAAAGGUCGCACGGCUAGCGGGUCUCCCAGAGAGUGCCAUUGCCGUUGCAAAGGAUGUGUUGUGCAAGCUAUCACAUGGCAGAAGUUUUGAACCUAAUGAGGCGGUCUCUUCUCCUGACAGAGCUACUCGGGGCGGCUCCUGAUGUUUUAUUAUACCAUUUUUUUUUAUCUCAGAUCAUAAUAUGCCUUUUAAUCAUCUGAUUCCCCCUCGUGAAAAUACUCAAUCAUAUUAGCAAUUUGAUUCCCCACGAGCCGAAAAUUAACGAAGUGUACAUAUACUGAAAUUUCCGCUCAUAACUUAGCCACCUCAUCCUCAUACUCCUCCAUCUCCCUUAUAUCCACAUCCACAUCUACAUCAACAACAAUCCCCUCAUCAAACGCAACCUCCUGACAAUCAUCCUCCGCAACCCCAUUCGCAAACUGCACCACUACGAAGUCCACCCGACGUCUCCCCACCACUACCAUUGGCGCAUGCCAAGUGGCAGCCCCAUACGUCACCGCUUGACCACCAUGCGCAAUGAACGCUUUCAUAUUCCGUAGAUCCGGCGGGUCGCGAAUGAGAACCUGCUCCUUGCCACCCUGAGCAUUGACAACCGUAGCUUGCGCCGUCUGCCCGUGUAGUGACGGUGCGACGAUGAUGAGGUAACUGGGCACGGGAUUGUCAUUGCCGCCACCGUCGUUCUUAUUGCGCGCUCCCGUAGAUAAAGCAUUGUUCUCAUUAUCGGGCCGUUUUCUGUCCACCCCAGAUGGUACGCCCAGCGGAAUAAACGUCUGCGUAGUAAACGGAUGUCGCUCCAGAAUCCUUACAUCGAAGAGUCCACCGGCAGGCUUUCGUCCCCGGCCCCCUCCUCUCCUCAAUGCCCGCGGGAAACACGAGAACAUACUCAUGCGCGGCUCCCCGUUGCUCCUCUUCCCCUGGCCCUCAGCGCUUGUACAUUGGUCGUAAUUAUUCUGGAAUACGGAGAUCGGGCUGUAUUUCAAUGCGGUAGAUUGGUUGGCGAGGAUUGGAGUAGGGGUAUUGGAUGGAUUUGGAUCAGCAUCGGGGAGAGAGGAGAGAGAAGAAGCAGGGGGUGCGCGGGUGAGGGUUGCUGGUAACGGGCUAGAUAUGGCAGUGCCAAACGGAUGGAAGGAAAGUAGGGUGAGAGGGGAGGGAUGUAUGGUCAUAUUUGAUGUAGGGAGAAUCGGCGGAGGCAUUGUCGAUGGUAUAGGUAUAUGAGUUAAGUGUAUGAUAUGUGCAAAUUGUCGUUUAUUGUUGGGAGUAGGAGCUUUUCAUGUCCCUACAGCAGACAAAAGGCGGAGGUUGCCGCCGAGUUGCAAGGGCUCAGGCUGUGGCUGGCGGUGACGUAGUUAUUUUUCACUUCGUUAACUAACUACUCCGUACGGAGUAGUUAUAAGCUUGUUUGGCUGGUUUGCCUGGAGAGAAGCUCCCCAUGGUUUGCCGAGGCAUAAAACAACAGGUAAACAACAACUUACGGAGUACAAGAUCCAUACCAUAGUUAACAUCUCCAAUGUUCUUUCAACUGAAUCAAAUACAAAGCGUUGCUGGACAUGGCAUAUAAUGUUCAAAUUACAAGCCAAUUGAUUUUCGGAAGUGAGAUAGCUAUCCUAUUCAUACUUGGGUACCAUCCAUGCGAUCUUGUCUCGUCUCAAGCAAUGUGGGCGCAUUUGUAGACACCGAGUACUAUCCAUUUAUGUAUAUGUAUAUUCCCCAAUCCCACUACUAUAAGUAGUAGUAUUUAUCCUCUCGCUAUUCAUCCUGAAUCUUUGCUACCACCUUAUUCGCUUUUCCGGCACCCUUUUGCUGAUACUGAUGCGCCUCAAGUGCAUCUUCAAAACCGCCCUUACCCACCAAAUCAUAUGGGGGAGGGAAUAAUUGACCCCCUUGUUCAAAUAAUGCCACAAAUACUGGAAUAUACUCAGCAAUCCUCUCAUUGAUAUGUUCUGCAGAUGGCCGUCCAAUCUGCCCUAGCUCAACAAGUUUUGUUUUGCCCCCUUCGAAGUCGGCGAUCCCACUCCUAGAAAUGCGGUCAGUUCGGAGCUUUAAAGAAACUAAAAAAAAAAAAAAAAAAAAAAAAAAAAAAAAAAAAAAAG